AUUACUUUAUAACCCAGACUGAGGCGGAGGAGAGGGAUUCUCCAGAAAGCUUCCCGGGGUGAAGGACGGCUCCUUGUAAGCAUCCAGAAUGCCAGUCAUAAACAUAGAUGACCUGACGGAUAAGGACAAGGCUGUCAUGGAAGUAAACCAACUAAAAACUGAAGUGAAACUUGAGAGGUGGUUGACAUCUAAAUGCUGUGAGGAAAUCAAGGACUAUAUUCAGGCUGGGGAGGAAGAGGACAUCCUCGUCAAAGGCAUUUCAGAGGAGAAGAACCCCUUCAAGGAGAAAGGUGGCUGUGUCGUCUGCUAAACUGAAGCCAAGGAGCUUUUCAUAUCUUAGAUUAGCAGCCAAGGACAUGCUUUGCAGACUGAAAAGGCGCGAGGGACAUAAUAGAGAAGAAACAGGAUAAAAACUCAUGAGUUCCCAUGUAAACAAUUCCCCUUCCUGCCAGAUUCAUAUAGCAUCAUAAUUGUAUUCUUUAAAGAUAAUAAAUGGAUACAGAUUGCAUUUGGAAAGGAUUAUAUAAUGCUUCUUUCUCAUGUGGUGUACGAGCAAAUGGGCCCGUGAAUGGUUUCAUGUACUGAAGCAGCUGUAAUUAAAUGUUCUUGUUUAUAACUUU